AUGGGGCAAGGAGAGGGGGGCUCGGUUGGGCUGCUGCUGCUGCCCGCGUGGGCCGAGGAUGCUUUUGCUAUCCAAAGCAAUGAGUGUGGAAUUGCUGCUCGUGACAGCAGUGCUUUUGUAUGGGAGAUUGUUCCGAUUGAAGUUCCCGUUGGGAGAGGAAAACCACCUGUACUUAUUGAGAAAGAUGAAAGCCUGGAUAAGAUGAUUGUUUCACUUAUGCCGUGCAAUUUCUUGUGUGACCCAGCAAAACUGAAGAAACUUCGCCCAAGUUUCAAGGAGAAUGGUGGUACCGUUACAGCUGGAAAUGCUUCUAGUAUAAGUGAUGGGGCCGCUGCAUUAGUUUUGGUGAGUGGGCAGAAGGCUCAAGAGCUUGGCCUGCAAGUCCUUGCAAGGAUCAGAGGAUAUGCAGAUGCAGCUCAAGCUCCGGAACUCUUUACAACCACCCCAGCACUUGCGAAACCAAAGGCUAUGGCAAAUGCUGGAUUAGAGUCAUCCCAUGUUGAUUUUUAUGAGAUUAAUGAAGCAUUUUCGGAAAAGAUUAACGUUCAUGGAGGAGCUGUAUCUUUAGGGCAUCCUCUUGGGUGCAGUGGUGCUCGCAUUUUGGUCACCCUUCUUGGUUGUGUAAAUAGGAACUUAGGUAACCCUGCAAAUCCAAGCUUUGACAUUGAUACUUGA